GGCACAUGCAAAGGUGCGUGGGUAUCGCAGCUCUGCAGAGGGAGCCCGAAUAGCAGGCUAGGAAUCAUCUAUUUGACUAGGGCAUGCAGGAAGGAUCCACCUCCCCUCCCUCCUCCCCCGGGAGCCGCAACUGUGUCCCUGGAAGGUGUAGGAUUACUCAGGCUGCACAUUGCUCCUUUGCCUGUCUCUGUCCCAGCUGAUGUGGCCGCCAAAUCCUAUUACCCCAUGGACAUGUAGAUGCCACAGCCACUGAUAUUUGGGAGCAUAACUUCUGUGUAGCCCCUGCCAACAUGAAAGUCCAGCUAAAGUCUCAGAAAUCAUGGAUUGAAGGGCUCUUCAAUAAAAGAGAAUGUGCAAAAAUCAUACCGUCAUCAAAAGAGCCACACAGAUGCCACGGUGGAUGUCAGGUUUGCCAGAAUUUAAUAAGGUGUUGUUGUGGACGGUUAAUUGGAGACCACCCUGGGUUAGAUUAUGGAUGGCCAAUUAAUCCUUCUCCCCAAGAAAGAGAAGACGAAGAGUGGAGUAUUCUAAAUCAUACAAAACCAAGUCCCACUGAUGCAUUUGGCACAAUAAAUUUUCAAGAUGGAGAUCACACCUAUCAUGCAAAGUACAUAAGAAUAUCCUAUGAUACCACAUUGGAACUGUUAAUGCAUCUGAUGAUUAAAGAAUGGCAAAUGGAACUGCCCAAGCUUGUGAUCUCUGUCCAUGGGGGCAUACAGAAUUUUAAACUUCCGUCCAAAAUAAAGCAAGUUUUUGGCAAAGGAUUGGUGAAAGCUGCUGAGACAACAGGAGCAUGGAUCCUUACAGAGGGCAUUAAUACUGGGGCCUCCAAACAUGUGGGUGAUGCUUUAAAAGCACACGCUUCUCAACACCUGCGAAAAAUCUGUGCAGUUGGCAUACCACCAUGGGGAGCUAUUGAGAAUCAGCAGGAUCUCAUUGGCAAAGACGUUGUGUGCCUGUAUCAGACACUGAUAAAUCCAAUGAGCAAACUGACAAGUCUCAAUAGCAUGCACUCCCAUUUUAUAAUGGUGGAUGAUGGCACAGUUGGAAAGUAUGGUAAUGAAAUGAAAUUAAGGAGAAACUUGGAAGACUUCAUUUCCCUUCAGAAGAUCCAUACCCGGAUGGGGCAAGGAGUGCCUGUGGUAGGGCUUGUUAUAGAAGGUGGUCCAAAUGUCAUCUUGAUGGUAUGGGAAUAUGUGAGGAGCACUCCACCAGUACCAGUUGUAGUGUGUGAAGGAACAGGCAGAGCAGCUGAUAUAUUGGCAUUUACUCACAAGCACACAACGGACACAGAGCAGAUUAGUCCACAGCUGAAAGAAGAAAUCUUAGAGAUGAUUCAGAAGACAUUUAAUCUUGGCCACAGACAAUCAAACCAUGUUCUUUAUAUUCUAAUGGAGUGUAUGGAGCGCCGUGCGUCUAUUACUAUAUUUGAUGCAGAAUCUGAAGAACAGCAAGAUAUUGAUUUGGCUAUAUUGACAGCUCUGCUAAAAGGGACUAAUAUGUCUGCUCAAGACCAGCUGAGCUUGGCGCUAACCUGGAACAGGGUUGACAUUGCCAAAAAACACAUACUUAUAUAUGGACAACAUUGGAAGGUGGGGUCUUUGGAACAAGCAAUGCAAGAUGCACUUGUAAUGGAUCGGGUGGAUUUUGUAAAGUUGCUAAUUGAAUAUGGUGUGAAUAUGCAUCGCUUCUUGACCAUUGGUCAUUUGGAAGAAUUAUACAAUACUAAACAAGGCCCCACAAAUCUGCUCCUACACCAUUUAGUCAGAGAUGUAAAACAGAGCAAUCCUUCUCCAGAUUACAGAAUUUCCCUUAUAGAUGUGGGACUUGUAAUCGAGUACUUGAUUGGUGGAGCCUACCGAAGCAGUUAUACAAGGAAAAGUUUCAGAGUCCUGUACAACAGUCUCUUCAGGAAGCAUAAGAAAUCUGUGCCCAGUUCCUCCAGCAGCCUUGCACAAAGUUUAUCUCAUCUUUCCAUAAACCAGAGCAGCCAGAUGAGCAGCAAGCUUGAAUCGCCAGAGAGUACCUUGCAUUCCCAAUUUUUCCGAACAGCCCAACCUUGUAGACGCAAGGACAAGACAACAUGCCAUCAAAAGUCAAAAAAGAAAGAUGAAGUAACUUGCACAGAAGAUAAUGAACCAGUUGGCUUUAUCUACCCUUACAAUGACCUCUUGGUUUGGGCUGUACUGAUGAAAAGACAGAAGAUGGCUAUGUUUUUUUGGCAACAUGGAGAGGAGGCCAUGGUCAAAGCAGUAAUUGCCUGUAAGCUAUAUAGGGCCAUGGCACAUGAAGCUAAGCAGAGCACCAUGGUGGAUGACACUUCAGAAGAAUUAAAGAAAUAUUCAAAAGAAUUUGGACAGCUUGCUUUGGACAUACUUGAAAAUGCUUUCAAAAUGAAUGAACAAAUGGCCAUGAAACUUUUAACAUACCAGUUAAAGAACUGGAGUAAUUCAACGUGCCUGAAAUUAGCGGUUUCAUCAACAUUGCGGCCCUUUGUAUCCCAUACAUGCACACAGAUGUUACUGACAGACAUGUGGAUGGGUCGCCUGAAGAUGCGGAAACACUCCUGGCUUAAAGUCAUUCUAGGAAUAUUGCUGCCACCCUUUGUCUUGAUGUUGGAAUUUAAGACCAAGGCAGAAAUGUCCCAUGUACCCCAGUCACUAGAGUUCCAUCAGUUCUCACGGCUGUACGUUGACCCUCCAUCACUGAGCACCAAAGAGGAACAUAUUACAGAUUUUGAUGCUGAAAGGGGAUCAAAGCAGCCAGGAGAAGAUCAAAAUCAGAAGAUCAGUAAUGGUCUAGGAAUCCUUCCGAUAACCAGGAAAAUUUGUGAAUUUUAUAGCGCUCCCAUUGUCAAGUUCUGGUUCCACACUAUGGUGUACUUGGCAUUCCUCAUGCUUUUCACAUACACGGUGCUGGUAAAGAUGGACCCACAGCCCAGUGUCCAAGAGUGGUGUGUAAUAAUUUAUAUAUUCACUACGGCAGUUGAAAAAGUCAGGGAGGUAUUUGUGUCAGAACCUGGAAAGUUCAGUCAAAAAGUAAAAGUUUGGAUCAAUGAGUACUGGAAUCUUACAGAUUCUAUUGCAAUUUUCUUGUUUUUUAUUGGUUUCGGCUUGCGCUGGCCCGACCCUCCGUUUCAAACAGCAGGGCGCAUAAUAUAUUGCCUGGACAUAAUAUUUUGGUAUGUGCGACUUUUAGACUUCUUUGCAGUGAACCAGCAAGCAGGCCCUUACAUUACAAUGCUUGGAAAAAUGACAUCCAACAUGUUUGGUAUUGUGAUUAUAAUGGCAAUUGUUCUGUUGGCAUUUGGGGUGUCCCGGAAAGCAAUUCUGUCUCCCGAUCACCCUCCUUCUUGGACUCUUGCUCGUGAUAUAGUGUUUCAGCCAUACUGGAUGAUGUUUGGGGAAGUAUAUGCUGGGGAAAUUGAUGCCUGUGAAGAAGAUCCAGAUUGCCCUCCUGGUUCCUUCAUCACCCCAUUCCUUCAAGCUGUGUAUCUCUUUGUGCAGUAUAUCAUCAUGGUCAACCUGCUUAUUUCUCUGUUUAAUAAUGUCUACAGGGUAUUAAACUCUGUCUCUCACAAACUUUGGAAAUACAAUCGAUAUCGAUAUAUAAUGACAUACUACGAGAAGCCAUGGCUACCUCCACCCCUGAUAUUCCUUAGUCAUAUAUAUAUACUUAUCAAUCGCCUUUGUCAUCACCGAUCUCACAGUGAGUUUGACCCAGAGGAAACUGACAUGGGACUGAAGCUGUACCUUAGUGAUAAUGAAUUGAGGAAACUCCAUGAUUUUGAGGAAAAAUGUGUGGAAACAUACUUCCAUGAGAAAAAUGAAAGCCUGCACUCCAGCAAAAAUGAAAGAAUCCGUGUAACAACAGAGAGAACUGAAGAGAUGUUUGCCCAACUGAAAGAAGUUAAUGAUAAAGUUUUCUACAUCAAAGACUCCUUGAGCUCCCUGGACAGCCAAUUAGGGCAUUUGCAGGAUCUCUCCGCAUUGACUGUGGAUACUUUAAAAAUCAUUUCAGCUGUGGAUUCUUUGCAAGUUGAAGAAGCCUUUAUAAAAGACAAGAAAGGACUCACCUGUAAAAAGCUCCCACACAGUUGGAGCAACGUUCCAUAUUCUCAUCACCAGAGAGAGUAUAAUUACUACAGUAUGCCACCUUCACUUCUCCGGACCUUGGCCAGGAGUCAGUGCCCAUCACUGUAUCAAUGUCCACCACAGCAACUGACUGCACAGUUAGAAAUCCAUAACUCAGAAGAACCCAAGAUAGAGGUUGAUAUUGUUACUAUGGCAGUGCCAUUGGAUAGUAAAUCAGCUCAGCAUUACGGCAAUUACUUGCUUGUACCUUCAGUGGGGCCCCCUGCACCAACUGAUUCUGCCUUUAAAGAGACAUGUUCAGAUAUGCUCAGUGAAGGGGAAGCAAUAUCUGUACAAGCUACAACCAAAGAGAGGAUAUGUUCCAUUCAUUCUGACCAGUGUCUCUGUAGCAAACAAAAGCAUGUGAAGGAAAGUAGUCGCAAGACCAUGAAAGAGGAUUUAAAGCCUCUUGUGACAAAUACUGAUGAAAGCCAAAAUGAAGAAAGCCAUGAAUGCUCUUGCGAUCAGUUUACUGCUCAUGUCACUGUUGAGACCUCAAUUACGUGCAACAUUAUUGACCCCGGAGGUGGUUAUGUAAACUUGGCAUUUUCAGAAGAAGGAGAAACUGCCCUGUUUAGUGGAGGGAGUAGCAAGACCCUUUGCUCACGUCCCACCCAAAGUUCAAAAUCUAAUGUGUUUCCAAAUAAGUCUGAUGGAUCUAGAGCCAAUGAUAGGCCUGAGUUUGGUUCAGGUUACAAACAGAAAACUUCAUUCCUGAAAAAUUCACUUUAUAGGAAUAACUCACCAAGAGGCAGUUCUAAGAGGCAUAAAGAGAAGAAAGAUGGAAAGAUAUGUACAAUCAAAGAUUUUGCCAAGCCUCCUGAGAGCUCUAAGGUUACAUGGGCCAAAGAGAAACUGCGUAGCACAUUCAGAAAGUCUGUUAAAGACAAGCCAAGGCCAACUCAACUUCAAGUUCCAGUGAUAACUGUGGAUGGUUGCUCUCAGAGUACGCAGAUGAGUUCCGAACCUGCAGAUUGUGGCAGCUGGAAAUCUGAAGAUGAACCCAGUAAGAACAGGCUUACAGUAUCAAGUUUCAAUCAGCUAAGCUUGGAUCACAUGACUUACAUGCGACAGCAACUAAAGACGCAAGAAUUUGAAAGACACCUAGUUCAGACUAGUGAAUAUCUAAGGCAGUCCAGAGAGGAUUUGCAUAACACCACCCAACUGAGAAGGAGCUCAUUAUUCCGAAAUUCCGAUGAAGUAAAGAAAAUGGCAGCUUCCCUAAAAGCCUCUCAGGAUUUAAGUAAUCAUUAUUCAGCGGUGGAAAGGAAUAAUUUAAUGAGGCUUGCACAGAGCAUACCUUUCACCCCCCUGCACCUUUUUGCUGGAGAAGAAGUCACUGUUUACCAACUAGAGGAAAGUUCUCCAGCAAUUCUAGAUAAAAGUAUGUCUUCCUGGUCACAGCGUGGAAUGGCAGCAAUGCUUCAGGUUCUGUCCCCAGAGGAAAUGGAUGGAGGUCUCCGCAGGGCGUUAAAAGUUGUGUGCACUUGGUCUGAGCAUGAUGUACUGACGCCUGGUGAGGUGUUUAUAGUCAAAUCUUUUCUUCCGGAGGUAGUACAGACUUGGCAGAAGGUUUUCCGUGGUGAUACUGUACUGAAUCUGUGUCUCAGGGAAAUUCAGCAACAAAGAGCAGCUCAAAAGUUGAUCUACACCUUCAAUCAAGUGAAACCACACAGUAUUCCUUAUACUCUAAGGUUUCUAGAAGUAUUUCUUAUAUUCUGCCAUUCAGCUAACCAAUGGCUUACUAUAGAGAAGUACCUGACUGGAGAAUUCCGCAAGUACAAUAACAACAAUGGAGAUGAAAUUACCCCCACCACUUUACUUGAGGAGACACUGCUGUCUUUUUCUCAUUGGAGUUAUGAAUAUACAAGGGGAGAGCUGCUUGUUUUGGAUUUACAAGGCGUUGGGGAAAAUCUUACAGACCCAUCUGUUAUUAAACCAGAAGACAAACAAUCAAGAGGAAUGGUAUUUGGACCAGCUAAUUUAGGAGAAGAUGCUCUGACUAAUUAUGUUUCAAAGCAUCGCUGCAAUUCCUGCUGCAGAAAGCUUAAACUCCUUGUGCACUCAUUCUGUCUCACCUUGUUUUUGAGAACAGUAGCAGCUGUAGCAGCCGAAACGUUAGAUGUAUUCCUAUCAAUAAAUGUUUUGAUUGACCAUAAGUCCUAUUUGAAAAGAAAUGACUACUCACCUGGGAGGAUCAAUCUAGGGUUUGAAAUUGGAGAAGCAGACACAGAUAAAGACCUUGUGGAAUAUAAUACAAGACUGUAGAGGAACAUUUCUGUCACAUAAAUUAAGUAUUGCACCCAGUCUGACUAUAUGACAAAAUGGUUUGGAUUGGCAGAAUGUACGUAUCAACAACCACUAAUUGGGACAACCGCUAGAGUCUGUGAAUAUAUGGCUCAAAGGUAACAUUCGAGUGGUAAAAACCAGAGCCUUAUUUCCACUGUAUCCUCUGUAGCUUCUUUAAACCCCAGGAAUAAGUUGUUCCUUCUGGAUGGAUGAAUGGUGAUGCAGAAGAGCAGAAAUAAUAACAUUUCCCUCUGCUGUUAAAAAGACAAUGUGAACUCUGGAAAAAAAUGUGUCCAUUAUGUAAAACUGCACAAACGUAACUGUGAAAUUUAAUAAUCAUAUAUUUGAAAUAGCUAUGGAACAUAUAUUUAAAACCUGAAACCCUUUAUCUUUCCUUUAAAUUUUUACCUGUCGGAGGAAGGUGUGAGUUGCAGUUUAGAUACAGCAUUUAUUAUUCUGGCAAGAGUCCGUUUUAGAUACUGUAUUUGCGAUAGAUACAGAAAAUAAUCUGUAUUGCUAUAUGCUCUGUUCACAGAGUUCUGACUGGUCGCCAAGGUUACUUCCAGGCACGUUGAGAAAAACUGCAUCAUUUAAUGCAUCAUAUAGUCAUUUGUUUUAAUCAUCCAGCCUGGAAGGGUAUAUCAGCACUGUGUGAGCAGAGUAACCCAUGCUUUAAUCAUCCUUUUGUUAAAAGGUAAGUAUUGUGAAAAUGAAAAUUUAAUAUGAGCUUCACUUCACUGAAAUAAGAAUUAAACCACCCCAUAUGUACUGUUUGCCCAGUAGCAGUAACCCAUAGCAAGUAACAGUAGCAGGUUACUAGUAAAUCCUACUUGCUAAUUCAUUGCUAUGGGUUACUGCUCCUGGGCAAACUAAGGGGCAGAUUUAUUAUGCUGUGUAAAAAACAGCAACAAAAUUCGCCACACAUCGCCAGGCUUCGCAAAUUUCGGCAAAUUUCUCUAUUUAUCUUAAACAGAUUUUUACACCGUUUUUUCAGCGAAUUUCAUUUUACACUGCAUAAUAAAUAGGCCCCUAAGUGUAUUUUAUUAAAUAACUACAUUAGAAUCUUUCUAUUGAUAAUCAGUUAAAUAUUCGGUUCCAUUGCUGAAAUAAUAAAGUUACUCUUUUCGACCUAACUGUCAAUCAAAAUCUGACUCCUGCAUGUAAAGAUACAGACGGCCGAGAGGGGAGUACUGUAAUCGAUUGUAUUUAGAAAGUUGCUUUAGCUGUACUAAGCUCAUAUUGAAUUUUCAUUUUCGCAAUAUGAAAAAUAUGAUUAUUUGUGAUAUAAGAAUAAUCUGUAAAAAUUUAGGACUGGCCAAACUGUAACUUGUUGCACUCCUCUUUUUGUGCUUUAGCAGUUAACAAAAUAGUGAACAAAGUCAGAUCAGAGAAGCUCUUCUUCAGUAAGAGCAAUGACAGAACAUAAGUGCAAUUAAUAGGCAAGAGCUGUUUCUUGCUUAUUGUUCCUCUGCUAAGUACACCGUUUUAUUGCCUGGCAGUAAUGACACUUCCACAAGUUUUCUAAUGUACUUUUAAUUCACAUAUAGGUCAAAUAAAAAUCAGAACAAAGUGUUUUUUCAGUUAUAUUGAAUUUGGUUUUGCAUCUGAAACUACUCACCCUAAAAAAAGAAAUAAAGCAUUUUUUAUGAAUGA